GAGCGCUGCUUCAUUUGUCUUGGCCAGCUAGAGCCUUUCUCAUUACUAGAAACCAUAAAGGCUUGCCACCCUGGACGUCUGAUGAUGUUUGACAGCUCGCAAUAUCCUUAUAACUGUUUUAACUAUGAUGGAGAAGGAUACCCCUCAUGUGCCACUGAUGAAGAGAAGAAAGUGUGUCGACCAGCUUACAGUUACAUUGCACUAAUAGCGAUGGUUAUACAGCAGAGCCCCGAGAACAAAGUUACCCUAUCAGGAAUCUACGAGUUCAUCAUGAGGAGAUUUCCUUAUUACAGAUCCAACCAGAGGGCUUGGCAAAACUCAAUUCGUCAUAACCUCUCUCUAAACAGCUGCUUUAUAAAGGUGCCUCGUACAGAAGGUAACGAGAAAGGAAAAGGUAAUUACUGGACAUUCGCCACAGGCUGCGAGUCCAUGCUGGACCUCUUUGAAAAUGGCAACUUUCGUCGCCGCCGCCGCAGACGCAACUUAAAAAUGGGCCUGAAGGAGCCAGCCGAACCCUUCAUUUCCAUGGACACUCAUCAGGGCAUUGCAGUAAGACCCGUGGAUUCAGAUUCUUUCUGCCCUGUGAACACUAGUCACAGACCGGCCCAAAACAACCCGCCUCUCAGCAAACCUGAGCCUGAGAUCAAAUUCAGCAUUGACUACAUCCUCUCCACGCCGGACCCUCUGCCCGGGUUCAGAGCCCCUAACAGUGGAGCUGGAGCUGUGAUCCAUCAUCUGGAGCCGCAACAUCUCAGUCUACACUUCUGGACCAUCUAACCAAAACCAUAGACUGAAACAGUCAAAAAAAAAAAACUUUAAGGCUUCUAUAGAGCGCAGACAGGCUUUCCCAUAAUGCAAAUCAGCUUGUCAAGUAGGCACAUGCAGUUUGUUGUGUGCAUAUAGUGACUUAAAACAUAAUAAUACUGAAUGAUAUUGCUAAUAAUAUAAAUAGGAAAAAUGCUCUUUUUGAAAAGAUCCACAUAUGGUCAUGAAUCUUUGAAGGCAUACCCUAGUCCAAAAAGUAAUACAUUUAUUUCAUACUUAGAAUAGUUCAAAUCUCUUAACAUAUUUACUGAUAUGUCGCUCACAGCUUACUGAUAUAAAACUUAUAAUUUCACUUUAUUUGGAGUACUACUUGUGCACAAUGCAGAUUUCUUAAUAUUAAGCCUAAAAUGUGUUUUAAUGUCACUGUUGAUAAGGACUGUAUACAGAUACUGUCUUUAAAUGCAAGAUAUUUAAAGUGUACCUGAAGUAUUGUAAUAGUCCCCCACUUUAUCACAAUCAAAUAUAUACCUCAGUAUAUCUUUAGUUGGACUUUAGUUGCACGAUUAAAGUGCAUUAAGUACAAAAUUAGUUGUUCCAAAUUUAUCAGACUUUAAGUAUACCAGUAUACCAAAAGU